AUGGCGGCGCCGCUUUACACCACCGCUUCCGGUCAACUCUACCAUGCUGGUAAGAUCCUCAUCGCCACUGUCGGUCUCCCCGCGCGAGGCAAGACGCAUCUCUCGCACGCCAUCGAGCGCUAUCUCACCUGGCUCGGUGUCAAGUCCGGCUGCUUCUCCCUCGGCGACCAUCGUCGCAAGGUCCUUGGCGGAGCCGACAAGAUCCCUGCCGAUUACUUUGUCGACGGUCCCAAGAGCGAAGAGACCGAAAAGCUCCGCAAGCGCAUCCUCGAUGAAUUCGACGAUACCGUCAUCGACUUCUUCUUCCAACAGGGCGGGCAGGUGGUGGUAUACGAUGCCAACAACUCGGUGCAGAAGCGACGGUUUGAGAUCCGCGAGAAGUACGGUAAGCUGGGCGUACACGUCAUGUUCCUGGAGAGCAUAUGCACGGAUCCCAAGGUGGUCGAGGCCAACGUACGGAGUGUCAAACUCAGCAGUCCCGACUACGUCAACUGGGAUCCGGAGCAGGCGAUGCAGAACUACUACAAGAGGAUCGCAGGGCAUGAAAAGACCUACGAGCCGAUCGAAAAUCCCAGCUUCCCGUACAUCAAGCUCAUCAACGUCGGAGAGCAGGUGGUGGUCAACAACAUCCAGGGCUACCUCCAGUCGCGUAUCGUUUUCUUCCUCAUGAACAUCCACAACCGGCAUCGAACCAUCUACCUCGUUCGCGCGGGCGAGGCGCUGGUCGAACACCUCUACAAGGCUGACGCCGAUCUCUCCUCGCUCGGAUGGGACUACGCCGACGAGCUGGCGCUCUUCAUGUCGAACCUACGACGCAAGAAGGCCGGCCUUGAGCCCCUCCCUCGCCCCACUGGCGAAAAGGCCGCAACCACCGACAAGGACGAUUUCAUCGCCCAAGACAGCAAGCUGUUCGAAGUGUGGACCUCCCAACGUCGACGCUCCUCGCACACGGCCUACCCGCUCGCCGAAACAGGGUACAAAGUGAUCGAGCGGUCGCAGCUUUCGGAGAUGAACCCGGGCGUAGUCGAUGGCAUGUCCGUCGACGACGUGAAACAACACUUUGCCGACGAGUACGAGCGCAAGCUGCGGGAACCCUACUCGCACCGCUUCCCCCGAGCCGAGUCGUACCACGACCUGUCCGUGCGGUUGGAACCCAUCAUCUUUGAGCUCGAAAGGACGCGCAACGACGUGCUGAUCAUUGGUCAGUCGAGCGUGCUGCGGUGUCUCAUCGCGUAUCUACAGGGUCUGCAGCCGCACGAGAUCCCAAGCAUCCAGGUGAGGGAGGGACAGCUGAUCGAGAUCCUACCCCAGGCGUACGGCGUCAAGACCGAGGUGCACGAUUUUUGGGAUCCCGUCGCGAGAAGGCAGGAGAGGGACGCGGCGUUUGACGAUCUGGAACAGGAAGGAGAGGCGAGUGCAGGCAAGAAGAAUCUGGUGCAUAUCAACGAUGUGGUUAUGACGAGCGAUUCGUCUGUCGCAGAGACGGCAGCGGCGGUGGUGGGAGGCGCACAACAGACGCAAGCGGGUGGCACGCAUGGGAAGUCGCCGGCAAGUUUGCAGUGGGCGAGAAGGCGGAAUAGCUCAGGAAAGAGCCCGGAGGGUAUCAGAGCAGACAGGGAGGCGAUUCGAGAGCUCGAGGCUCAAUUAAGAGAGAACCAGAUCAAGGAGCAGUCGGAACGACCGAAUCUGUAG